AUGGAACCAGGACAUGGGAACCUGGAAAACGAAAAGUUAUUCCCCGCAUGUAGAGGCAACGAGUGCCACGGCCACAACACCUCUCUCGCCGUCCUACGUACCCACUGCAAGCUUGGCCUUGCCACUAAGCUCAUGAUCGCCGCCCAAGCCGCCAUGGUACAAGUGUUUGGAGCAAAGUAUGUCUCGCUCCAUGUGAGAAAGAGUAACAGGGCAACAUUUAAUCUGUAUACUCAAACGUUGGGUUAUAAGAUACAUGAUGUGGAGGCGAAAUAUUAUGCUGAUGGGGAGGAUGCAUACGACAUGCGGAAGCAGUUAAAAGGUAAGAGUAGUCAUCAUCACAGCCAUCAAAAUCACCACCACCACCAUGAUGGUGGUGGAUUUUGUUUGGGUGAUGCAAGAAGUGCAGAAACAGCUAAUACGAGAGGAGAUUCUAUAUCAAAAUCAAAAGCUCGCACAAAAUCUGGUUCAAAAGCUAGAUGA